GCCACGCAGGCGCCCUGAGCGGUGGUAGCGGCGGCGGUGGUAGCGGCAGCAGCUGUGAGGGGGUUCCGGGAAGAUGGUGCUGAUUAAGGAAUUCCGUGUGGUUUUGCCCUGUUCUGUUCAAGAGUAUCAGGUUGGGCAGCUUUACUCUGUUGCAGAAGCUAGUAAGAAUGAGACUGGUGGUGGAGAAGGAAUUGAAGUCUUAAAGAAUGAACCUUACGAGAAGGAUGGAGAAAAGGGACAGUAUACACACAAGAUUUAUCACCUAAAGAGCAAAGUUCCUGCAUUUGUGAGAAUGAUUGCUCCCGAAGGCUCCUUGGUAUUUCACGAGAAAGCCUGGAACGCGUACCCCUACUGUAGAACAAUUGUAACGAAUGAAUAUAUGAAAGAUGAUUUCUUCAUUAAAAUUGAAACAUGGCACAAACCAGACUUGGGAACAUUAGAAAAUGUACACGGUUUAGAUCCAAACACAUGGAAAACUGUUGAAAUUGUCCACAUAGAUAUUGCAGAUCGAAGUCAAGUUGAACCAGCAGACUACAAAGCUGAUGAAGACCCAGCAUUAUUCCAGUCAGUCAAGACCAAGAGAGGCCCUUUGGGACCCAACUGGAAGAAAGAGCUGGGCAACAACCCUGACUGUCCUCAGAUGUGUGCCUAUAAGCUGGUGACCAUCAAGUUCAAAUGGUGGGGACUGCAAAGCAAAGUAGAAAACUUCAUUCAGAAGCAAGAAAAAAGAAUAUUUACAAACUUUCAUCGCCAGCUUUUUUGUUGGAUUGACAAGUGGAUUGAUCUGACAAUGGAAGACAUUAGGCGAAUGGAAGAUGAAACUCAGAAAGAACUAGAAACAAUGCGUAAGAAGGGUUCCGUCCGAGGCACGUCGGCUGCUGAUGUCUAGAUGAGUCCCCUGUAGGGUCAGAGACAAUAUCAAACUGUUUACGUAAUCAAGGUCAAGUGAGGGGAACAAGUGCAGCCAGUGAUGAGUGAAGAAGACUCUGACCGUUAUCUUGGAUGUUGGCGUUUCCCAGACAUGUGCUUAUGAUUAUGUACUGACAUGCACAGGUUCUCAACCACAUGUGUAUAUAUGUUUGUGUGUGUAUGUCUGUAGCUGUGUAUAAAACGCAUGUAGAGCUACAGAUCAAAAUACACACACUUGUGUAUAUAUGUACAUAUAAACAUACUGAAGGGAUUAGUACAAUUUCUCCAAAGUACUGUACCUAUCUUCAGCAAGAAUGCAAAAGAAAAUAUUUUCAAUAUAUAGACUUGGGACAGAUUUUAAUAAUUAGAGUAAUACCAUUAAUGGACAAAUUGACUGCAAUGUAAUACUAGCUGUUAUGUUUCAUAAAUGUCAAGUUGUGGACCAAUAUAUAUGUGCGUGCGUGUGUGCGCGCGUGUGUGUAUGUGUGUAUACACACACACACACAUAUAUAUAUCUAUAUAUAGUCUUUUAUUACUUUUCUGUUCUUUUAAAUCGGUCUCUUAUAAAUUUUUAUUUUAGUCCCAUAAACAGACUCCCACAGAAAAAUCUCUUCAAAAUCUUUUGCUAUUCAAUGAAUCUGGAGCAUAAACCCUGACUGUAUAUAUAAUGAUUUAUUUCUGGACGGUCAUUAUCUUACAGCCAAAUUGGACAAUAUCUAUUACUAAGGAGUAAAGUUAUAGGCCAGUUUUUACUUGUUUGCCUUGAGGGACAAAAUCGUUUAAAAAAAGUGUUUUUUUCGAUUUUUAUUGGAUUUUUUGUAUUUUUAAAUUUCAAAUAUUUUUCUAUAUCAGACGUAGCAAAAACGAGAUUAUGGUUUGUGAUGUAUAAUAAACACUAUACAAUUUUUAGGCUCCUGUGAGGCAAACAAGGAAAUUGAUGAAGAAAUUAAUAGCAUUGUAAGCUGUUUAGAAAAAUUGGAAGUACAGUGCUUCCACGGAGUCUUGUUUUUGAAAUGACUGUUUUCUGAAAUUACAGCUUGGAAACUAUGCAAAUGAUCUAGAUUCCUCACAGCUUCCAUGCUCGACUGUAGAUAGUGAUGACGUUCUGCUCUUUUCCUGCUGAAACACACGUUUAAGGGGGAGAUGCUGACUUUGAAAUAGGAGGAACCGAAGAGGCAUGAGGCUUGCCCGCACACGGUUGGAAGGCCCUGCUGAGGAGCCAGUGCGCCCAGCCCUUUUGGCUGUGCUCUCAAGUAGGAUGUCAUGGGGACAGACCCUGAGUAAGCAUCAUGAAAAUGCUAGUUAGAAGCUGCCGCCGCCUUUGUUUUUUUUAAAGAAAGGAACAAAAAUAAAAUCCUAGCUAGGUAAGAUUUUCAUCAGCUUUCUGUGUCCGAAUCCUGUUUUUCUCCUGUCAGUCCUGGAAGCUUGAAUAGAAUGAUAUUGUUGAAGCCUUCGGGUCACAAACUGUCUUCUUUAACCUCUCGUCCCUCCUCCAACACGCCAGCCCCUGUAGUCACAUCACAUUAGUAACCUGAUUUGCUGACAGCUCUGCCCCCCCUUCUCUUUUCCCCAUAUGUCCUGUGUCCCUACCAAAGUGACUGUAGUGACUCAGACAAGGAUGUCUCCUGCAUUGUGAUGCCCUGUUAUCCUCACACAAACCCCACACUGCGUAUGUCCUCUGUGUACUCAGGAUCAAGGCUGAUGUUUACUCUCUGGCCACUGUUGUGAGAUCGCUUUUGUCAACACAUAAUCAUUGUUUGCAAAGUAUUUGAUGCGAGGAAGAUUAUUGCUAAUUUUGCGGAAUAAAGAGCCUAGCCCUCUCCUUUUAAUGAACUUCACUCUCGCUGGCAUCUGUAGCAUCAUUGGGAGCUUGGGCGCGCAUGGAAAUGAGAUCCCGGCGCAUGGAUUUUAAUGUUUUUCUAACAACUGUGGAGAUUUGAGGGAAUGUGUGGUGAAUGUAAAAUAUCUAGUUUACUUGGCAGUCUCUUGUGUAAAUUACAGUAAAACAAAGUAAAUGAAAUUUAAACAAAAAAUAAAUUUGAUCACAAAAUG